AUGGCAUCCAACAACAACAAGACAGCGGCAGAAAACCUCUUUCCAAAACCAUCAACAACUGGAAAUGUUCCCAGUUUUAUCCAUACUGGCCCAGCAGACUUUGGUGAAAUUGGCAUUGCUACAAUCUGUGGAGCUACUGCCGGGUUCGCCACAAAAAGGAUCUCAAAAGGUGCUGCGUUUGCCUUUGGUAUUGGAUUUCUAGGUCUCCAGGCUUUGGCUCACACCAAGAUCAUUCAGAUCAACUGGCCGCGUGUUGAGGGCAUGCUCAUUGGAAAAAUGGAUUUGGAUGGAGAUGGAAAGUUUACUGGCAAGGAUAUUCAAAUUGCUGCCACUCGUCUGAUUCACAAUCUGUCAAGCGACAUGCCAUCUACUGCUGGAUUUGCUGCUGCAUUUAUUAUUGGUUUUCGUUACGGAUAA